AUGCCACGACAUUAUCAUUAUCAGCCUAGUCGCGAACUCCAUGUGGUAGUCCUAGGAGCAGGUGGCGUGGGUAAAAGUUGUCUGACUGCCCAGUUUGUCCACAAUGAGUGGAUUGAGAGUUAUGAUCCCACUAUUGAAGAUUCUUAUCGCACUCAGCUCCAAGUCGAUGGACGUCAAGUUAUUCUAGAAAUCCUCGAUACUGCGGGGACCGAACAAUUCGUCGCCAUGAGGGACCUGUACAUGAAAACUGGCCAGGGAUUCCUUCUAGUAUUCAGCAUUACAUCGUCAUCCUCGUUGAGCGAAUUGGCGGGUUUGCGCGAAGAAAUCAUCCGGAUAAAAGACGACGAAAAUGUUCCACUCGUCAUUGUUGGUAACAAGGCAGAUCUAGAAGAGAACCGUGCUGUGGCCCGAGCCAAGGGCUUCUCCAUUUCGCAACGAUGGGGCGCACCCUACUAUGAGGCUAGCGCGAGGACGAGGACCAAUGUCGAUGAGGUCUUUAUCGAUCUCUGUAGACAAAUGUUACGCAAAGAGGAUGAACAAAACGCAAACGACGGCCCCAAUGACGACUACAAGUAUGAUAACGGUCGAAGUUCUCACAGACGCCAACGUCGCCGCCGAAAGAAGGAUUCGCCGCGAUGUGCAAUCCUUUAA